AUGCCAAAGGAUAGAACCCGUUCGGUGUCCUUUGAACGGCAUUUGCACGCACCUUACCCUCGUGGCUCUUCCAGUUAUCAGAAAGGAUCUUCAUCGUCCUCGCAGUACUCAAAUGAACCAGCUGCCUCAGAUGCAGACAUCAAAGAAUGGGAAGAAGCUCGAUGCCCUGUGUGUAUGGAGCAUCCUCACAAUGCAGUUCUCCUCCUCUGCGCCUCCCAUGAUAAGGGCUGUCGACCAUACAUGUGCGACACAAGCUACAGGCAUUCAAACUGCCUCGAUCAGUUCCGCAAGGCUUCUACGAGUAGUGCCCCAUGCCAAGAGAACAAGGGGGAUGAGAAAUCUCUCAAUCUAUUAUGCCCACUCUGCCGUGGAGGGGUGAAAAGUACGAUUGUUAUAUCUGCAGCCCGUACCUUCAUGAAUGCCAAAGUUCGGGACUGCUCGCUUGAGUCAUGUAAAUUUAGUGGAACAUAUAGAGAAUUGAGAAAGCAUGCAAGAAUGGAGCACUCCGCCAUGCGGCCGUCAGAUACCGACCCAGAGAGACAGCGUGACUGGACAAGGAUGGAGCGGCAGCGUGACAUUGGCGACCUGCUCAGCACCAUUCAGCCCCUCUUCAUUGAUGGAAGAGAAGCCGCUGUCAUUGGCAGCAGCGAGGAGGAGGUUGGAGCAUCUGUGUAUAUGAGCCCCCGCUUUCUCAUCUCUCUGUAUGUGCGGAUUCCUCAGCAAGAGGAUGAAGGUGCUUCGCAGCUUCAUCCUCGCUUGGUCAUCUCCUUUGGCCCAAGAAGCGAAUCUAUGCAAGUGAGGAAUCAGAGGAGACCCCGGCCACAGUGGGGGGAGAUCUUCGAUGGGGAGCGACCUACUGAUGCCGGGGAUGACACGGAUGACCCUGUCGUCGAAGAGGUGCGCCCUUCUUCUCGUCGGCGCAGAAGAUGGAUGAGGAUGUCAGAUGAUGAGGACUUGCUCUGA